AUGGAGGAGAAACAAGGAACAAGCCGCGAGGUGAGAUUACGUCUCUACAGAGUUGCCAAAGGGGAACCUCUCAUCGAUGGGAAAGCUGUUUCUUAUGAUCAUAAGUACCACGUCCAAGAGGAACGGAUAAGGAACAAGGCUACAGCAAACUUUGCUAGACGCAGAAACUAUGAGAGGAUAAUAGCGAACGUGGCAAGAGGCUCUCCUCCCCAAUGUCCACCUCCUAUGGGUGACUCUGCACCCCCUCCACCUCCCAUGGAGCAGAAUUACGAGGCACCACCACCACCGAACAUGGGAGGACAAAGGCCUCAACCAAACUAUGUAGAAGCACCAGCGCAGAACAACAGGGGAGGAGCACCAACGCAGAACAACAUGGGAAGAGCACCAGCGCAGAACAACAGGGGAGAAGGUCCACCAAAUGCAGGAUGUUCACGUAAUAACAACAACGACCAGGAGCAGAGUGGUGGAACGCAGCAGGCACAGCACCAGAACAACUAUCCACCUAAACGAGCUGGCAGCGGGAACCCAUACCAGGGUUAA